UUCCUUGCUUCGCAUCUUUCCGUCUCGCAACGCUUUUCUGCUGUUUUAGUCUCCAAUCGAUUGCUUCGUGAAAUGGGUUUGCUGUAUUUGAGGCGGAUCCUCGGGAUAGGUUUUGUAUCUGUCGUUUGCUGUGUGAUUGCCCUGCUGAUACGGACGCCGAUUUCCGAUGAACUCUACCUUUACCCGAAAAAUCGUUUUGGUUAUGAAUUUAUUGUCGUCUUGACAUAUUUCGCGCUGACUAUUGUGGUUUGGAUGGGAAUUCAGCGGCUUUUUGGCAGGUUGUUCAACUAUAUGCUUCCUAGAAAGAGACCGGUAGAAGGAGAGGCCGUUCAAGAAGGUGAUCUCGAGGGUGUUCUCAAGAAGCACCGUGUCAGUUCGUCCACCAACUGCACUGACGCUCAGGAGACUAAUAGCAGCGCUGGUGUGGGCAGCAGGGAUCAUAACAUCACUGGAAGCUGCAGCGAGCUGACUGUCAUCGAAAUGGCCUUCGAUGAUGGGACUCCCCGUGACAUUGAUGAGGAUCUCCACAGCCGGCAGCUUGCAGUAUAUGGACGUGAGACGAUGCGGAAGCUUUUUGCAUCUAAUGUUCUCGUCUCUGGCAUCAACGGCCUUGGUGUCGAGAUUGCUAAGAAUCUCAUUCUGGCUGGUGUAAAGUCUGUGACACUGCAUGAUGAAGGUACAGUAGAGAUGUGGGAUAUGGCCAGUAACUUUGUUUUCUCAGAGAAAGAUUUGGGCAAGAACAGGGCACUUGCUUCAGUUCAGAAGCUACAAGAGCUAAAUAAUGCUGUGGCUGUCUCUACCUUGACAACAAAAUUGACUAAAGAACAACUUUCUGAGUUCCAGGCUGUGGUGUUUACUGACCUUGAUUUAGAGAGUGCAAUUGAUUUUAAUGAUUAUUGUCACAGUCACCAACCCCCUAUUGCUUUCAUUAAGACAGAAGUUAGGGGCCUUUUUGGAAGUGCAUUUUGUGAUUUUGGACCUAAAUUCACUGUCUCUGAUGUUGAUGGUGAGGAACCUCACACAGGAAUAAUUGAAUCUAUCAGCAAUGACAACCCUGCUCUUGUGACAUGUGUGGAUGAUGAAAGAUUGGAGUUUCAGGAUGGGGAUCUGGUUGUGUUCUCAGAAGUUCGUGGAAUGACAGAGCUCAAUGAUGGAAAACCAAGAAAGAUAAAAAAUGCACGGCCAUACUCUUUCAUGCUUGAGGAAGAUACUACUAAUUACGGUACAUAUGAGAGAGGUGGCAUUGUGACUCAGGUGAAACAGCCCAAGGUUUUGAAAUUUAAGCCACUGAAGGAAGCAAUUCAAGACCCUGGUGAUUUCCUCCUUUCUGAUUUCUCCAAGUUUGACAGGCCACCCCUCUUGCAUUUGGCAUUCCGAUCACUAGAUAAAUUUGUGUCUGAAAAUGGGCGUUUUCCAGUAGCUGGUUCCGAAGAGGAUGCUCAGAGAUUAGUUUUGAUUACCAGUGACUUAAAUGAGACCUUAGGUGAAGGAAAGCUGGAUGAUGUGAAUCCCAAACUUCUCCGGCACUUUGCUUUUGGUGCUCGGGCUGUACUGAAUCCUAUGGCUGCCAUGUUUGGUGGUAUUGUUGGGCAGGAGGUUAUGAAGGCAUGCUCUGGGAAGUUUCAUCCACUUUUUCAGUUCUUCUACUUUGACUCAAUUGAAUCACUGCCUACGGAGCCCAUAGAUCCCAAUGAUUUCAGACCCUUAAAUAGCCGCUAUGAUGCCCAGAUUUCAGUGUUUGGGUCUAAGCUUCAAAAAAAGCUGGAAGAUGCUAAAGUUUUUGUUGUUGGAUCUGGUGCCCUUGGCUGCGAGUUUCUGAAAAAUUUAGCUCUUAUGGGAGUUUCAUGUGGAAAAAAUGGAAAGUUGACUAUUACUGAUGAUGAUGUUAUAGAGAAGAGUAACCUAAGUAGGCAGUUCCUCUUUCGAGAUUGGAACAUUGGGCAACCAAAAUCCACUGUUGCUGCUGCAGCUGCUUCAUUGAUAAACCCUCUUCUCCACAUAGAAGCUUUGCAGAAUCGUGUGAACCCAGAAACGGAGGACGUGUUUAAUGAUGCAUUUUGGGAGAAUCUCAAUGUUGUAAUUAAUGCCCUAGACAAUGUAAAUGCCAGGCUUUAUGUCGACCAGAGAUGCUUGUAUUUCCAAAAACCUCUUCUUGAGUCCGGUACUUUAGGUGCCAAAUGCAAUACACAAAUGGUGAUUCCCCACCUGACAGAAAAUUAUGGUGCUUCGCGAGAUCCCCCUGAGAAACAAGCACCCAUGUGUACUGUGCACUCCUUCCCUCACAAUAUUGAUCAUUGCUUGACAUGGGCCAGAUCAGAAUUUGAGGGAUUGCUUGAGAAGACACCAGCUGAAGUGAAUGCUUAUCUUUCUAAUCCUAGUGAAUAUACAUCUGCAAUGAGAAAUGCUGGGGAUGCUCAGGCCAGAGACAAUUUGGAACGCGUACUUGAGUGCCUUGAUAGUGAGCAAUGUGAAUCAUUCCAGGAUUGUAUUAUGUGGGCUCGUCUAAAGUUUGAAGAUUAUUUUGCAAACAGGGUGAAGCAGUUGACUUUUACCUUUCCUGAAGAUGCUGCAACCAGCACUGGUGCACCUUUCUGGUCAGCCCCAAAGCGUUUCCCUCGUCCGUUGCAGUUCUCCACAACUGAUCCGAGCCAUCUUCAUUUUAUUCUUGCUGGAUCCGUACUACGGGCUGAGACAUUUGGCAUUCCCAUACCUGAUUGGGUGAAGGAUCCUAAGAAAUUGGCUGAAGCUGUUGAUAAAAUUAUGGUUCCCGAAUUUCAACCAAAGGAAGACGUGAAAAUUGUGACUGAUGAGAAAGCUACUAGUCUUGCGACUGCUUCUGUUGACGAUGCUGCUGUUAUUAAUGACUUAAUCAUGAAGCUGGAGCAACGCCGGAGGACUUUACCAUCAAAAUUCAGGAUGAAACCAAUUCAGUUUGAGAAGGAUGAUGAUACAAAUUACCACAUGGACUUCAUAGCUGGGCUUGCUAAUAUGAGGGCAAGAAAUUACAGCAUUCCUGAAGUUGAUAAGCUGAAAGCCAAAUUCAUUGCCGGACGAAUUAUUCCAGCCAUUGCAACUUCCACGGCACUGGCCACUGGUUUGGUGUGCCUCGAGCUUUAUAAAGUUAUUGAUGGUGAUCACAAGUUAGAAGACUACCGCAACAUGUUUGCUAACCUUGCCCUGCCUCUGUUCUCCAUGGCUGAACCUAUGCCUCCUAAGGUUGUCAAGCAUCAGAACAUGAGCUGGACUGUUUGGGACAGGUGGGUCAUCAAAAACAAUCCUACUUUACGCGAGCUCCUCCAAUGGCUUGCCGACAAGGGGCUGAAUGCCUACAGCAUCUCUUUUGGAAGCUGUUUGCUUUAUAACAGCAUGUUCCCCCGUCACAAAGAGCGAAUGGACAAGAAAAUAGCAGAUCUUGUAAGGGAUGUCGCCAAGGUAGAGCUUCCGCCUUACCGCAACCAUGUGGAUAUUGUUGUUGCAUGCGAGGAUGACGAAGAUAACGACGUCGAUAUUCCACAGAUCUCUGUCUACUUCCGUUGAACCUUGUCCUCUUCAUACUACAUGUGUAAGCCAAGAUCUCUAUACUCCUACCCUCUUCAUUCUAGUGUUUCCUCCAUAAGAUCGUAUGCAGAGUUUAAAUUCAUAUUGAAUUAACCUCUAAUAAUUUAAACGUUGCCACUCUUUGUCGUUCUCUGUUAUGGUUUUUACUGUGUGAUUACGGUACAUCAUUUAUGGAGCAUGUUUAUCAUCC